GGGCAUUAUCACACAGCUCGUUCAACGUUUCGGUCGACACAUUCUCGAGUCAAGCCAAGGCACAAUUCCAAAACCAGAACAAAUUCAAAUCGUACACUACUCUUUUGUGUUCCCUUUCGAUUAAAUCCGGUCAAAAAGCGAGCUGCUUCGCGAACGAGCGUCGUCUGGUAGAGUCAUCUUCCUUCUGCUCCUCCGCCUCCACCGCCUCCGCCUCCACCUCGUCAAGAAGACCACAAACUAGGCCGAAAGCAGCGCCAGGAUGUCGGACAACUCGGUCGUGAGCAGCGUGCUCAACGUGGCGCUCUGCGGGGCCACCGGCUUCGGCUUCUACAAGAUCGGGCCCAGCGAGCACCCGUACGCCUUCGCCGCCUGCGUGUUCGGCUUCUGCCACGGACUGUGUGGCCUGGUGAGCGGACUGACCGGCGAUGACAACGCCAAGAAGGCCACCGAGACGACCACGGCGAUCAUGGAGAUCGUCCCGCUGGCGCUGGUCAACGUGGACCUCUACCUGGGCGCGGAGAGCAACAACAUCGCUUUGGGCCACGGACUGUUCAUCGUGCCGCUGGCCGUCAGCAUGAUCAUCAGCCUGGUGAAGGGCGAGAGCAGCGAGGAGGGCGAGGGCAGCCCCCUCGAGACCCUCAAGACCCUGACCGUCCUGGGCAACAUCACCUCGCUGCUCUACCUCUCGAUCAACGAGAGCAGCUGGCCCCUGGCCGGCAUGGCCUUCCUCGCCUUCACGGCCAAGUUCGGGGCCCAGUUCUCCGAGGAGCAGAUCAGCGAGGGCAGCGGCGAGCCGGUGACCUACCUCAGUUGGUCGGGCUUCUACUGCCUCACCGCCCUGACCGCCUCGGGCGAGAAGUGACCUCCUCCUCCUCCUCCCCAUUCCCCUUUCCCCUUCCCAACUUCCCCCAUUCCCUAGUUCCGAUUUCCCUUUUCCCGCCGCCACCUCCCGGACCCGGACCCGGACACCUCAUUCGCCUUGGACGAGCAGCGUGAUGAACAAAUUAUUGCGGGCUUCCUGCGGCGGCUUGUUACUUUUACAAUAUUCUGGCUUGCAACUUUGAAAUAAAUAUUUGGAGUGGGAA